CGGGCAAGGGCACCACUAGUCCAAUGCUCUUGUGCCUCCACGUAACACAGAAAAUGUGGUGGAAAACAGUACUAGGAUCCCAAGUGACGUCGAAAGGAUUGCUGGGUUUUCUCAUUUUCUCCCUUCUGCUGUCCAUCUUCUCAGCGUAUCAAGUGAAAAUUCCGGUUUCCAAGUUCAAACUCCAAAGAUUAAGGUUUCUUAGACUUGAUACUCAGAACCCACAAAAUUUCCUAUGUGGUGGCGUCAUUUUUAAGCGGAGCAACCAUUGGGUCUUCUCAUUUUCUGCAUUCCAUAAUCCAUCUUCACCUCGUAUCGAGUGAAAGUUCUGGUUUCAAACUUCGAACUUCAAUGUUCUAAGGUUUAUUAGAUACAGAGCCCACGAAAAAUUUCCUAACAAAGAAAUAUCUGUGUUUCCGCAAAUCGCAAUUCCUUACCGUCUUUCCCGACGAGUCAUCUGCUUCAAAGGAAAUUCCGUUUCAGUACAAUCAGAUUUCUCUUUGGUCUUUCCCAAGGUCUCAAGGUUAAAUCUGUGAAUCCACUGAAGAACAGACACAUCUCACUGUCAGUAAGUUCACCUUCAGUCAUGGAGCAUGUCGUAUCUGAAAGUGGAGCACAACCAGUUGAGCUACUUCAUGGAGUUGAGGAUGACUUUGGAGGUGUCAUUGUAGACAUGAAGGACCCCAUGGAUUCGGAGUCCUUUGUUGCUUCUCUUAGAGCUUCAAUAUCAAAAUGGAGGCAAGAGGGUAAGAAAGGUGUUUGGAUUAAAUUGCCCAUUGAACUUGUAAAUCUCAUUGAAGCUGCUGUUAAGGAGGGAUUCUGGUACCACCAUGCUGAGCCAAACUACUUGAUGCUUGUAUCUUGGAUUCCUGAUACUCCUAAUACCAUACCUGUAAAUGCUUCACACCGAGUUGGUGUCGGUGCUUUUGUGAUAAAUGAUAAAAGAGAGAUGCUGGUAUUACAGGAGAAAAGUGGCAAGCUCCGGGGCAGUGGUGUUUGGAAGUUCCCAACUGGAGUUGUUGAUGAGGGUGAGGAUAUCUGUAAGGCAGUAGUGAGGGAAGUUAAAGAAGAGACAGGAAUUGAUGCGGAAUUUGUUGAAGUACUAGCAUUCAGGCAAAGUCACCAGUCAUUUUUUGGGAAAUCAGAUUUAUUCUUUGUUUGCAUGAUGCGCCCCCUCUCCUUUGACAUCCAGAAGCAAGAAGUAGAGAUUGAGGCAGCACAGUGGAUGCCAAUUGAGGAAUAUGCAGCGCAACCAUUUGUCCAGAAACAUCAGAUGGUAAAGUACAUAAUUGAUAUCUGCAUUGCGAAGAUUGAAAAAGGGUAUACUGGAUUUUCUCCAGUGCUUACAGAAUCAGCUUUUUUAGAAAAACCGUUCGACUUGUACUUGAACAUCCGUGAUCUGAACCUAGGCCCGACCUCCUGAUGACCAUUACUAGAAAGCAUUACAAUUACAAUAUAUACUGAAUAAUUUGUGUAAUUUGCAUUUUCCUGCAAGGGAAUGUGAAUUUUUUUCCUAGUUUAUUUAUCUAUAUGCUUGUUGCAGGACAAGAUGCAGCAAUUGCCCUAGCUUCUGCUAAAUAUAAUGUCGUUCUUCACUAUUAAUUCUUGAUUUGGAGUUGCAUGAUUACAA